AUGCAGCGGGUUGCCUUGGUAACAGCAGCUUCCUCCCGGCAUGCAGCAGCCCGCUACCCCUCCCUGUCAGAGCGGCGCAGGGUGGAGCAGCAGACGGACCGACAGCAGCAGCAACAUCAACAGCCACGAGGAGUGACGAUGGAUGGAGACUCUGCCUCCCUCAAAGAUGGCCCCGCCCAUGAAGCGCAGAACAUGAUGGAAGAAAAAGCGACUGUGAAGGAAGCUUCUGAAGAAUCAAUGAAGGCCUCCAGGACAGCAGGAGGUGCCAGAGCAGCCAAGAUGAUCUCAGCCAAGAGCACAGAGUCCGUAGAUGGCGUCAACAGUCCAGGAAGUCGUUCUCCUGCCAGCCGAUCGUCCACUCCCAACAGAGAGGUGAAGAAGGUGGCAGUGGUCCGGACCCCCCCCAGGUCUCCCGGGUCUGCUCGUGGACGAACGCCCCCCCUACCUUCUCACCCCAUGCCCGACCUCAGCAACGUGAAGUCCAAGGUCGGGUCCACGGAGAACCUCAAGCACUCACCUGGAGGGGGCAAGGUUCAGAUCAUCAACAAGAAGCUGGAUCUCAGUAACGUGAUGUCAAAGUGUGGCUCUAAAGACAACAUUCACCACAAACCAGGUGGAGGGAGGGUGGAGAUUAAGUCAGAGAAGGUGGACUUUAAAGCUAUUCAGUCCAAAGUUGGCUCUCUGGAGAACGUCACUCAUGUGCCGGGAGGUGGGAAGAAGAAGAUUGAGACUCAGAAACUGAGCUUUAGAGAGACCGCCAAAGCUCGGACUGACCACGGUGCUGAAAUCAUUGUCCAGGCUGACUCCUCCCCUCAUCGCCUUAGCAACACUUCCUCCCAUGGAAGCCUUAAUGCUGCUGAAGCUCCACCCCUCGAGACCCUAGCCAAUGAGGUGUCUGCCUCCCUUGCCAAACAAGGCCUGUGAUUGGAUGAAACCUGUGCCUACAGACCCCACCCCCUAUCAUUAUCAAGGAAACGGCCCAAUAGAAGGAAAAAAAGAUCAUUCUGCCUUUUACUUCAUAAUAUUACAUGAAAUCACCAAUGAUUGGAGAGAUUUUGUGAAUUCAGACGAUCAGGUGAGUUCACCUAGGUGUGCAAAGAGACUCAUGUCCUCCUUUUUUCUCCAGACUCACAUUAGCAUCAGUUUAAUGUGUGGUUAGUCCAGCUUAGCACAAACUCUGCACAUUUCUUAGCACAGAAAUAUGCAUCUCUACACUGCAUCUCACACGGUUUAUCUACUCAGGCCUGAUUCAAACUUAUGCUCUGAAUCUUUGUAGCGCCUACGAUGUAAGCUACAUAAGUGGCCGGCGUCGUUGCUGGCAUUUAUGCUUGUGCUAGGUGCAUUAUGGGCGGUAGUGUCCCAUAUUUUAUAUGCGGUGCCAGCCGAUAGAAACAAAUAACAUGCUGGGACCUCUUUUUUCUUCCUGGUCCUCACUCUUUGCUGACGUCAUUUUUUUUUUUCGGGUGCAAACAUAUUUGUCCCACUAUUUUUUCCACUUCUUUGUUUAUUCCCUCGCAUCCAUUCUGAUAGUUUCAUCAAUCUCCCUCCAGGAGCAGGCUGAUAUCUGUGUGUUAUACCUCAUACUGAGACCAUGAUUGUUAUUCUAUCACUGAUAAAUUCAAAAACUGGACUGCACAGGAGGAAUCGACAAUACUGAGAGUAUCCUCGCGUCGACCCGGCGUGUAGUUACAUUUCCAGAAAGAUGCACAUUAACAGCCUGACCCCGAGCAGCCUCUGCCAACAUUUGCUUUCAAAAACAAGUUAAAAGAGCUGCUGUGAAACCAGAAGAUUUAACUCAAAAAGCUGUGACGCUGUGAAACAUUAAAUAAUGCAUAUCUGAUAAACCAUGAUUUUACUCAGAGUAAAACAGAAAACAUAUCUAAUGUUUAAGCUGAGAAAAUGUACCAUUUUAAGAAAAAUUAGCUUAUUUUGAAUUUGAUGGCAGCAACAUAUCUAAACAUUUGUUGAAGUUGUUGGAGUGUGUGUCUGUGUUUGCACUGUGCAGAUGUUUGUGCGGCUCAGAGGACUCAUUUUUAACAGCUGGAGAGAUGCUGGUUUAAUUUUGAGGUUUGAUUCAGUUUUGCUGAAACGUCAACUCGCCUUUAUUUAUUUCAAUGUCUGUCUUAGACAGUCAUCACAGCAAUUGCAGCAGCCAGUUCAUUCAAUCAGCAUCUACCUGAUUCACCUGCACAGCAAUGAACACCUGGAAUCAGGGGACACAUCAGGUGAAACUGUAACUUCACUAACAUCUGACAGACACAACAAACCGAGGGCUGUGUGUGCCCCAGUAACUCAUAAUGAAGUCUGUUUACAUUUAUGGAGAUUUCCAUAAAUGUAAACAGGAAACGUGAGGAUGGCGGAAAAACAGGGUGGAGGUGAAGCAUUGUGCCAUGUAAAUCUGGACAGAACAGGAAGUACUAAAACAUGCUAACAAUCAGCCUGUUUGUUAUGUUCAUAGAAUCUUUCCAAUCAGUCUCUCUGAUGUCAUCUGUCUCUGCCAAUCACCAUCUCUUCUGUGUUUUUGAAUGCUGACCUUCUGUAACUCCCCCUGCGAUGACUCCCCCAUCAUUAAAAGAAUACCGAGAAUGCCAUUUGAUACCAGGUGCCAAAACAUUUGUGUCUCUCUGCCUGUUGGCUGUUCAAGUGCUUUGUACCAAUAAAGGUUCUCUUGA